AUGUCCAGAUUACGUGUCGCUAUUAUUGGGGCAGGUGGUGCCGGAUUAUGCGCUGCACGGCACGUUCUAUCCCGUCCCAAGAUUUUUGCACCACCUGUUGUGUUUGAGCAAACCAAAUCUGUUGGGGGCACCUGGGUAUACAAGGAACAGGUGAACAGCUAUGGCAAUGGCAUGCCAAUCCACAGCAGCAUGUACCGGGAUCUCAGAACCAAUAUUCCUAAAGAGGUGAUGUCAUUUCCGGAUUUUCCCUUCGAAAAGCACCUCCCCUCUUUUGUCCAUCAUACAGAGGUUCGAAAAUAUUUGGAGAAAUACUGUGACCACUUUAAAAUGAGGAAUCACAUAAAGUUUGAGACAACAGUGGAUGCCGUUGUACCCGUGAGGGUAGAAAAUGGCUGGAAUAGAUUAGCUUGGGAUGUCACCACCAGCGAUGGCAAUGAUCCAAGCCCUUCUGUCGAGAGUCGCUUUGAUGCUGUCAUGGUGUGCAAUGGGCACUUCUUUGACCCUUAUAUUCCAGCAAUCCCUGGUCUGGACAAAUUUACAGGGACUGUGAUUCACAGUCAUAAUUAUCGCAGUGCUGAGCCUUAUGCUGGAAAGUCAGUGGUGCUGCUUGGUGCUGGCCUUUCUGGAUUGGACAUCGCUAUGGAGCUUUCUCAAGUCAAUGCCAAGGUGGUGUUGAGCCAUGGCCAGAAGCCCCUGAUAGGCCCCCUUCCCCCUGGUGUGCAGCAGUCGCCCCCUGUGUCCAAAGUCCUCGACGAUGGAACCCUGGAGUUUCAGGACGGGAGCCAUGCCCGGCCCGAUGUGUUCCUGUUUUGCACUGGGUACAAUUUCACCUUUCCCUUCCUGGAUAAGCAAGUAGGCCUGAAGGUGAAGGAGCACUUGGUGUCCCCGCUCUAUAAGUUCCUGAUACCCCCAGUGUUCCCAUCACUCUUCAUUGUGGGCGUCUGCAGAGCCAUCUGCCCUUUUCCGCAUUUCCACAUUCAGACACAGUUCAUCCUGUCUGUGCUGGAUGGCUCUUUCCCUCUCCCCUCACAAGAGGAGAUGGAGAAGGAUAUAGAGCUUGACGAAGCGGCUCGUCGCGCCAGGGGCAUCGCCACACGCCACAUCUUGAAGCUUGACUCAGAACAGUGGGCCUACAAUGAUGAGCUGGCUCGUCUUGCUGGCUUUCAGCCACUUCCUCCAUACUGGAGCAACCUGUACGAGUCCAACAAGGUGUUCCGCUCCCAGGACAUGCUCAACUACAAGACCUACAACUACAAAGUGCUCAGCCAGGAGGAAUGGACGGUGCAAGGGCCACAGGGGCAGUCUCUUCCCAAACCACUGCUGUAAAUGCUGAUACAAAUAUUGUGGAGAUAAAACCAGCUCUUUAUGUGAACUGCAAGUGUAGUAUGAAAUUUGACCAUCCGUAACAAUUCUUUGGCUAGUUAUCUUCAUUGACAGUGUCUUUGAUUAGUAAUUCUGUUACUUUUGUACUGUAGGCUAGCAACUGCACAUGCAUAUUAGAAGUGCACUGCAAUGCAUAUUUAUAUAUUACACAAUAACAAUUUCAUUCAGUCAUCAAUUCUAGACAUAAUGAUGAGCUGGCUGGCUUGUCAAGACCUACAAUUCAUGCUGAGAACCAAGGCAGCUCAUCGGAUAGUGAGGUUAUGAAAUGUUGCGCUAAAUAACACUGGUCAAAGUUCUGGAUCUGCAGUCUCAAGGCAGACACGUUUAAGAAAUGCAGUGUAGCCCCGACAACGAUACACUACAAACUAUUGAAAAUAAGAACUAUUAUCAUUAUCUACAAAUGUAAGAUCUUGUGACAUUGUUUGAAAAAUCAUCUGUUUCACCCAAUAAAAUAGACAUGACAACUUUACAGCA